AUUUUCCUUUAAAAAAAAUUAAAAGAUUUAAACAAAGGAAAAAACAGUGAAAAAAGAAAACGGAGAAAUCGGAGUCGUAAUCGGUAACGGAGAAGAACGAUAGCGAAAGUUAGAUCUGCUCUGUAAAUUUGGUGUAUGUAAUGUAAUCUUUACUGUAAGUCAAAUUCGAACCCAUUUUCAAUUCUAGAACAACCCUUUCUUUCUCUUCUUCAAGACGCCAUUUUUAUUUAACUUACCCAACAAACGAACGAUUUGCUGGUUACUUUAAGAGGAAUCAUGGCCAGCAGAAGAAAUGGUAGCCUUUGACUUUGAGUGUGUAUAAGAUUAGAAAGUCACCAAAACAUAGAUUUGCUGUAUAUCAAUGUCAGAGGCUUCGCCGACGGUGCUUGGUACAAAGCGCCUAAUAAGAAAGCAUGAGUUUGUAAAAGUAAUAAUUCAGUGUCUAUACUCAUUAGGCUUUGGAGAGUCAGCUUCUUGUUUGGAAUUAGAGUCUGGAAUUUCGGACAAGUCCCACGAUUUUGAAUUGUUCAAAUCUCAAGUAGUAAAUGGGAAUUGGGAUGGUUGCAUUCAGACUCUUAAGGCAUUUAGUGAUUUGAAGGAGGAUACUAGAGCUGCAGCAUUGUUCUUAAUUUUCGAACAGUGUAUUUCUGAGUAUUUGAGUCAUGGAGAUUACUUGAAGGCAUUGGCUGUUUUGCGGAAAGAUGUUUCUGCAUUAGAUGUGGGCAGAGAUCUUAUUCACAAUCUCGCUCAUAAUAUUCUUUCCUUGAACGAAGAGCUGGGAAAGAAUGAUGAUAACAUUGUAGGUGGGUCGCGAAGAAAUUUGUUGAGAGAGUUGGAAAAAUUGCUUCCUCCACCAAUUAUUAUGCCCGAAAGAAGGUUGGAAAGUUUGGUAGAAACCACUGUUUCAGCCCAGAUUAAUUCAUGUAUGUACCACAAUUCACCAGGUGCAGUAUCACUGUAUGUGGAUCAUUUAUGUGGAAGAGAUCAGAUCCCGACAGAGACCCAUCAGAUUUUGACUGAUCAUAAGAAUGAAGUAUGGUUUGUUCAAUUUUCUAACAGCGGGAAGUACUUAGCCUCUUCAUCAAGUGAUUGUACAGCCAUCAUAUGGGAGGUACCGGAUGAUGAUGAUAAUAAGAUAACACCAAAACACACAUUAUGUGGUCACCAAAAACAAGUUUCCUUUGUGGCAUGGAGCCCUGAUGAUAAGAAGUUGCUCACUUGUGGAAAUUUGGAAGUCCUCAAACUUUGGGAUGUGGAAACAGGUACAUUAAUGCACACGUUCGGGGAUCUUAACUUCAUUGUGGGCUCGUGUGCUUGGUUUCCCGACUCUGAAAGACUUGUAUGUGGUAGUUCAGAACCUGAAAAGGGCAUCUACAUGUGGGACUGUAAUGGGAAUGAAAUAAAGGCAUGGAGGGGAACGAGGAUGCCUAAAGUUAUAGAUCUUGCCGUGACAUCUGAUGGAGAAAAUCUGAUCUGUAUAUUCUCAGAUAAAGAAAUUACAAUAGUAAAUGUUAUAACAAAUGCUGAGAGAGUCAUCUCAGAGGAGCACUCAAUCACAUCACUUUCACUUUCAGGAGACGGUGAAUUCUUCAUCGUAAAUCUUAAUAGCCAAGAAAUUCAUAUGUGGGAUAUUGCAGGGAAAUGGGAGAAACCCAAAAAAUAUAUGGGCCACAAGCAAAGCAAGUAUGUGAUAAGAUCGUGUUUCGGUGGGUUGAAUAGCUACUUUAUUGCCAGUGGUAGUGAAGAUGCACAGGUCUACAUCUGGAACCGGAAAAAUUCCAGCCCAAUUGAGGUUUUGGUAGGUCACUUAAUGACUGUGAACUGUGUUAGCUGGAAUCCUAGGAGGCCUCAAAUGCUGGCGUCUGCAAGUGACGAUCAAACAAUCCGAAUAUGGAGGCCUAGUCUACCUAGUAAAAUGCAAACUAAGAAGCUUAGUUAAAUUAACAGAUAUCCAAUUUUAACUCCCGUAUAGUCUUUAUUGUGAGUGAAAAUACAUAGGUAGUCUUUUUUGUUCUACAUUCAUGAGUCUGUAAAUUUCUUGUGAGACCUUGUCUUUUUUCCCUGCUGCAUUUGUUGCUCUACUUUUUGUUUAAAAACCUUAGUACUUUAGAAAGAGGAGGGAGUUCAAUUUUGAUUCAUAUUAUGUAAUGAUUUUUUUUUUUUUUUGACAUGUUUAAGCUAUUAUAUCUUUGACA